GACCGAUACAGCAGAUGAGAUGUUCGCCUCGCCCGACCGCCACGGCGUCGCAUCGACCCGCAGCCACCCGCAGCAAGAGCAGCAGCAGCAGCAUCGGGUGCGUCUGACACAACCGACCGCCAUGCACCAGAUUAACUUCUGUAUCGAUCUGCAUUGUUACGUGUGUGCGGGAUCUGCAGGCGGGCAGCCAGCAGCACCCCCUCACCCAUCUGUUUGCCGAAGACCGCUGCCGCCUCCCCAACAUCAGCACCACACUACAGCUGAGGGCCUCAGCAGCAUGCUUCAGAGACGCCUUCUCAUCAACACAGCUGCGCAGCCGAGUGUCCCACUCGGUGGGCCGUGGCGGAAUCGGCACUCAGCUGCUGCGGUUCGACCCAUCGCUGGAGAUGGGUGACCUCAUGGCGGCGGUGUGGAUAGCCGAGGAGGGCGGGCCGUGGGAUGAGACGCGGGAGGUGCUCCAGUGGGCCAGCCAGUGCGGCUUCUGUCAGCUGCCCAUCAACCUCACGGCAGAUGACAUCAACACACACCCCAACAAGACGGUAACCACACAUACAGAGGGGCGGGAGAGAGCAGAGAGGCCUCAUCCUCUCUCUCUGUCUGUGUGUGUCGUGUAGGCGUAUAGAUCGGUAGCUCGUGUGUUGGCGCAGCUCAUGGUGGUCGGCCGCCACGUGGACUUCGGUGACGGCAGCCGCCUGCAAAUCUUCCGCCAUGACAAUGGUGAGGUGCGGGCCAUCAAGGACGAGCCCGGCUUCCGGCUUGCCGUCAACCCGCCCCUCGCUGCCCACCAUCUGUAUCAGCAGCACCGACUACAGCACGACCCACCAGUGCGCAGCCGCAUCUACUCGCCCCUCAUCAACCGAUUGGUGUCGUGGGACCCGUACACCGAUGCGUCAUCGUCGUCAUUUGCCAAGAAGAUGAUCUUCCACCACUUCUACUGGACUCACCAGAUCAAUGACACAUUCGAUUAUCUCAGGUAACCCACCACUGGCACCAGUGUGGCGAGAGGGGUGUGUGUUCGAUUGGGUGUCUGUGGGAGGGUGGUUCAGGUAUGUUGGUGGCGGCCGUGUGGAUGGCCUCCUCACCCAGUCGCCCCACACACCAGUGGCCGGAUGCACUACUACACUCAGCCGGGAAGACGACAUCGGUGAUGAGCGACAGCUGGUGCUGACCGACGACAGCCACAACUUCAUCGCAUGGAUUCGCAUCGGGGGUUCUCUCAUGGGAGACGUCGAUGACCGUCAGGCAGACAGACAGGCAGAGCUGCCGGCCGGUCACAUGUCAUGUAUUGUUUCUUCCUGUCAUUGUCUGCAGUGGAUGUGUGUGUCCAGACGACCGAGGCGCCUGUGUGUGCGAGCGGUGCGUUCAAGGACCGCUUCCCCGUGACCACUCGGCUGGCACGUGUGGCGUAAGGGCGAGUGGCGCCAUACGCCUUCGACGGACAAGUAGAAGACCAGCAGCAGGAUGAUGACGGUACGGACAGAAAGAGGGAGAGGACACACACAUGGUGACCAUGAAUGGAUGGAUGGCAUUUCUUGUCUGUCUGUCUGUCUGUCUGUCUGGGUGGGUGGUGUAGAUUCCGACGGCCAUGGCGGUGGCUGGGAUGAUAUGGAUGACGACAGCAACGGAGAGGACAGCGGAGGUACACAUAAAGGAAAGAAGGCCCACCCAGACGCCCCCGCCACAGAUGCCUUACCCUCCCCACCGACCCGCGUCACAUGUCUGCCUGCGUGCGUCUGUGUCUGUGUCGAUGGCAGGUGAGGGUGCGUCGGCUGAGGAGGAGCACCAAGACGGCGGCGGUAGCGGCAAUGCAUCGCUCUGACGACACACACAGACCGAUCUCAAUACUCACUGGUGCGCCACAGACAUACUGCAACGUGAUCCGCUGGUGCCAUGCGUCCUCUCUGUCUGUGUGUGUUGUGGUCAGGAGGGUGGCGGAGUGCUGCCUGCCGUCCUCUCUCUCUAAGUCGCUGACCGGCGCAGAUCAGAUCAGCUGCUGAUGUCGUGUCGACCGAAUGGACCGAGUAGCUGGCUGUGCGUGGGAUGAAAGGUGGACGUGGGUGUGGGUGGGUCUGUGGGUCCCCUCUCCCCUCUGUGUGUGGCCCUCCUCCGACUCUCUGUAUAUGAAUCUGUGUGAGAGUGUCGAUAUGCACUGGGCUGACUGCCUGGCUGUCUGUCUGCCUGCGUCUGCGUGUGCGUGGAUGGACUGACUGAUAUGAACGUGUUGGUGCGCACAAAUCAGUAUGCUCACAAACUCAAACCAUCCUUGGCCACCAUGUUUAUCUGUUGUCCCUCUCCCUCUCCAUCUGGAUUUGUUGGCUGGGCGGUCGGUGCUUUUGUUGGGCUGAUGAUUGACAUCUUCUCUCUCUCUCUCUCUCUCUGGCUACGUAUUCACCUAGACAGACAGACAGACAGACAGGCCGAUCGAUGCCCCUUACCGCCCACUCUUUGUGUUUCCAUCCAUCCGUCCAUCCAUUUAUCCAUUUAUCCAUAUGCGACGCAUAGUUUGCUCCAUGCUCGCACGCGUCACAAUACGUAGCCAUACAUGGCAGUGUGUGUCUCUCUCGCACUCGUGGUCCAUCCACUCACACCGUCACACCAAACAGACAUGCUGCACACAAACGUACACGAGUUGUUUCUCCAAUAUGAUGGGUGUGGUGCAGGCCUCUCAAGGGGUCAGGCUGAGUGUCGAUCAUGUCUGGCCCUUCACGCAUGGGGUUAAGAGUGUGUGCGCACUGCUUGUCAGGCCAAUGGAGGAAUGCCGUGACCUCCGUGUGUGUGUGCGUCUGUGUGUCUCCCUUUCCCCCUCCCUCCCUCCCUCCCUGUACACUUGUCGAUAUAUCCCUUCCGUCCCAGGGUUACUUGUCAUUCGCCUUUGUAGUUGUGCGGCUCUCUCGACCGUUCUGUGAGGAUGGAGUCGGUGCAUUUCCGUGUGUGUGUGUGUGUGUCGUGACGG